AUGAAUAAUCUUGGAGUGAAGAUGAUGAUGCAGAAGAAAGUGGCGGUUCUCUACCAUUACCCUUGCCACGACGGCGUCUUCGCCGCUUUAGCCGCUCAUCUCUACUUGUCAGCGAAAUCAAUCCCUUCGCUCUUCUUCCCCAACACAGUCUAUUCUCCGAUCACAAUCAACCAACUUCCUCUCCAAGAAAUCAGCCAUCUCUACCUUCUCGAUUUCACAGGCCCUCCUGGCUUCGUCCACCAAGUCUCUCCCAAACUCGAACACGUCGUGAUCCUCGACCACCACAAAACCGCCAUCGAGACCCUCGGAGACGAUGUCUCUUCCAACGUUACGAAAGUUUUGGAUGUGGAGAGAAGCGGCGCGACGAUUGCGUAUGACUAUUUCACUCAGAAGCUCAUUGAAGAAGAAGAAGAAAGUUGCAGCAGCAGAGAGGUGAUGAAUGAUUUCAAGAGGAUGAGACGUGUUUUCGAGUACAUCGAAGACGCUGAUAUAUGGAAAUGGAAGCUACCGGAGAGCAAAGCGUUUCACAGUGGGAUCUUGGAUUUAGGGAUUGAGUACGAUUACAAUAAGAAUCAGUCGCUGUUUGAGGAGCUGCUCUCGUUGGAUCAUGAGAGUGUGAUCAACAGAGGGAGAGAGAGUUUGUGUCGGAAACGGAAGCUGAUUCAAGAGGCUUUGGAGAAGUCUUAUGAGAUUGUUCUUGGAGGUGAGGAAGAGUUUGGUCGGUGUUUGGCUGUGAAUGGAGAUGAGAUUGCGGAGCUGAGAAGCGAGUUAGGGAAUCAGUUGGCGGAGAAGAGCAAGAAUCUGAAGUUACGAGGUGUUGGAGCUGUUGUGUACAGAGUUCCCGAGCUUGAGGAUGAGACCAAAGUGAAGAUAAGUUUGAGGAGUGUUGGGGAAGAAGAAGACACGACGGUGGUUUCUCAGAGAUUCGGAGGUGGUGGUCAUAGAAACGCAAGCUCCUUCCUGUUGAGCUCCGUUGAGUUCGAGCAAUGGAAGGUGUGA